AAUACUGUCAAAAUAAAGUCCUAGAUCCCAAUUUGAAACACCGUGUACACGGGUCUUAGAAAUAUUCAAGACACGAGAUAUACCAAAAAACGAUGAAUUUUUGAGAUAAACAGAAUAGAAUCGAUACUCCGAAUCGAUUCGAUCCUGACCAUCCCUAGUCUUUAUCUAUGGCCUACUCUAUGCACACAUUCUCUCUCCUUCAUCUGUGGUAGCUAAUCAGCUGAAGCCAGUUGUGAUUUAAGUGUGAGAAGUUAACCACAAAAAUAAAAAUGUUUCAUUUCUUUUUUGUUUUACAUCUUGUUUAAUACCUGUAAACGUUAAUAAAUAUUGUUCCUGUAAUUAUUACAUGAUUAUUUUGUAAAAUGAGUGAGGACAUUAAAAACAAACCUCCAACACAUAUACUAGUGGACUGGAACUUCUUUCUCAACCAUCAGAAAAACGUCAAAAUUCCCAUCUACUUCGACAAAGAAAAUUGGAUACUUAACAAUUUAUACAGAGUUCGAAUCAGUCACGUAUACGAUCCAUCGAAAUUCUGGGUGGUGCCCAAAGAAAAAGAACUAGACCUCUUCCAAAGAUAUCUACACAAUUUCUAUUCAAAAUACAAAGAUUCUUAUCGCAUCCCUGAAAUCAACUUCAGUCUGCAAAUGUACUGUGUGGCAUAUACAGAGGAAACAUUUUACAGAGGCAGAUUGGUCAAUGUUCCAUUAACUAAUCAGGAGAAACACCUGGCCUGGGUAUUUCUCAUAGAUUUUGGAUAUAUGGUCAAAGUUGAAUUAAACAACAUUUAUUUUAUGACUACCAAGAUGUAUACGGUACCACAAUUUGCAAUUAGAAGUGGAUUGUCAGGAUUGGGUCCUAUCGAUUCUAGUACCUGGCAUUCAGAUGCAGUUACAAAAUUUACCGAACUUGUACUGAACAAAGUACUUUUUGGUCUAGUUACUAGUAAAGACGACAAAAACAAAAUACUGUGGCUGAACUUGGGUGAAUAUCAGGGGAGCUCCCAAAGUUUACAGUCCAUAAACGAAAUUUUGAUUCGGGAAAAGAUAGCAAAGCAAUUGACGGUUGCAGAUGUUAGGGGAUUGAAACGCACAGAGAGAAAGAAACGUACACCGUACAUGGCGUUUCACAAUAUCGAGCCCAUUAUACCGUUUUUGUUACCGACGUUUGACAGUCUGGAGAAUAAUUUCUGUGCAGAUACGGCUGUAGCCAAUGAUCUAUUACAGCAGUUUCAACUGAAGAGAUACUAAAGACUAAUUUUUUAUCUGUUAUUUCUUAAUCUAAAGCUUUCUAUUAGUUAUCAUGUUAUUAAUAUGAUUUGUACCUUGUUAUGAAAAGAAUAAAAUUCCUUGUUUCAAUAUA